AGAAGCCUCCUGGCUCCUCCCCAGAUAUUUUCGAAGCCAUAAAAAUUUUGCAUUAAUUGCGUGCUGGCCCGUGUCCCUUUUCUCCUCUCCCGUCAAUCCUCCAUCUCUUAGCGACGAAGCUUUGAGCUUUUGCUCUCUUUCUCUCUCUCUCUCUCUCUUCUCGCAUCCUAUUUAAUCCAAUACCGCAGAUAACUAUUUUGUCAAAUACCUAUAUUAUUAUUGUUGUUGCUGUUGUUGUUUUUGUUUUUGUUUUUGUUUUUGUUUUACCUUCAAUUGGAUCAUGGAUCUUCUCACUGCUCCUUCAUCUUCUUCUUCCUCCUCCUCCUCUGUUGUUAGAGACAGGGCGACUUCCUUGGCUUCACAGCUAGCUGAAAAGAUCAUAUGCGCUAUUGUCACCUGCGUCUUUGCUACAGUGGGUUUAGUUGUAGGAGCGAUUACCGGCGGGGUAAUUGGAUUGGCUACUGAGAGUGGGCUUUUUCGAGGGGCCGGAAUCGGGGCGAUCUCUGGUGCUGUUUUCUCUAUUGAAGUCGUUGAAUCUUCUCUUGCCCUUUGGCAUUCGAAUGAUUCUGGUAUAUGGAGCAUCCUCUAUGUGAUUGACAUCCUCGCUAGCCUUUUGAGUGGGAGGCUUGUCAGAGAGAAGGUUGGCCCUGCGGUUCAGAGCGCAGUGCAGAGUCAGAUGAGUGCUGUUGAUGCUCCCUUCAUUGAGGUUCUUGAUAUUUUUGAGACCGGGGGCACUGGAGGCAUGUCGAAAGAUUCCGUUAAUAAGCUCGAAAAGAUUAGGAUUUCGAAGGAGAACAAUGUUGAUGACUCUGGAGAGAAAAUUUGCUGUUCUGUUUGCCUUCAGGACUUCCAAACUGGGGAAACGGCAAGGUGCUUGCCUCACUGUCGGCAUAUGUUUCACUUGCAGUGCAUUGACAGUUGGCUUAUCAGGCAUGGCUCUUGCCCGCUUUGUAGGCGAGAUAUCUAAAUCUCCUCCUCCUUUUUUUUGCGAGAGGAUUCAGUUGCGUAUGCUGAUGUUUCUUAGUUCUUCCCUUUCCUUUUUCAAUUCUUUUAUGUAGUUUUUCUUCAAUGAGCCCCAUUUUGUGUGGCUAUAUUUUUGUGUAUUAUGAUGUAAAGAUCUAUUCUCCCUUGGACAUAUAAUAGUACCUCAUGGAGCACCUAACCUUCUUUUAUUUUCAUGAGGUUUUUGUUUGGUUGA